ACGUUUUCUUGUGUUGAUAAAAAUUUAUAAAUUGGAGGAGACUUGCGCAGUUUAUGCCUUUCAUCGGUUGAGUGAAAAGGGGAUGCCUACUGCGCCCAUUGUCUCCUUCAACGUCGCCAAAUAAAUACCUCAAAACGAUACCUUGACAGAGUUGGGUAUUGAUAUUUGCAUUAAAGUUCAUAAUCUGGUGAAUUACUGCUAGGGGCAAGGCUCUGCCGUCGUUUGAGGGGUGCCCUGUGAAAGUUCCUGGGAUGAUGCGACGUGGUUCUGGUUUAGGUUCUGCUGCUUCUCACCGUUCUCGGGAGUCCCUUCCUCUUCCUCAGCUGUUGGAGAAUAAAAUUGCUGCUCAGGAAUCAGAAAUAGAGCAGCUUGUAAGUGAUAACCGUGGUCUGGCUAGUGGACAUGUGGCCUUAAGAGAGGCGCUUGUUGCUGCUGCGCAGGAUGUGCAAAAGCUGAAGUCACACAUUAGAAGCAUCCAGACUGAGAGUGACAUUCAGAUCAGAAUUCUAGUAGAUAAGAUUUCCAAAGGGGAGGUUGAUAUUAGGGCCAGUGAUAGUGUGAAGAAGGACCUACAAAAGGCCCAUAUUGAGGCGCAGAGCUUGGCAGCUUCCAGGCAGGAAGUGAGUGCCCAAAUUCAUCGAGCGACUCAGGAACUGAAGAAGGUCCAUGGUGAUGUCAAGAGUAUUCCGGAUUUGCAGGCUGAACUGGACAGUUUAUUGCAGGAGCACCAGAGGUUACGUGGCACAUUUGAAUAUGAAAAGAACAAAAACAUAGAGCUAGUGGAUUACAUGAAAGCAAAAGAGAAGAAUCUGAUAGCGAUGGCAAGAGAAGUUGAAGUGUUACGAGCUGAGAUUUUAAAUGCUGAGAAAAGAGUAAAUGCUCCUAAUCUGUUUGGGGCUGCUACCCCUGGACACAGCAGCGGUCCAUUUGCUGAUGUUUAUGGGAGAGUUCAUGGUCAGAUGACUGCUGGCCAAGUAGGAGAGAGUAUGGUACCAGUUGGUGAAAGCAAUGGAGUAGCAGCCAUCAAUAGUGCUGGUGUUAGUGGUGCUCUUUGGUCGAGUCCAUAUGAUCCCUCAGUUGGUCGGAGGUGAAGUUUAAUAAUAGUUAAUCAGAUGGAGCUUGACUUCAGCUUUUGCCGGUAAAAUACAUGGGAACUGCUGGUUUUUCUACGUAAAUUUCACAGAUUGGGUGGUUUUAUCUCAAUAGUUAAUACAGUACAAUUUUGUGAAUUGUCGAACCAAAUCUGCAAAAUUGAAGAGGCCAAAGGUCUAUGUCUCAAACAAAACUAUUGGUAGAAUGAAUUGAAAGUCUGGUCUGACAUGACUUAUUUAAUGAGUUAUAUAAUACUGUUCUUAAGUGUAUAACCUAUAGAGCGCAAUCCUAUUUUUCAGAGUGCACAUGAAACAUGCUCACGUUUUGUUUUCCAUCCAAGAUGACGAACUGUUUGUAAAUCACUUUUCUUGCUGGCUACAAGUGAACUCAAAUUA